GGCUAGGCCCCAACUCUUUUAACCAGAUGCAAAUACUUGGUUGCUACGUGGGUAGACUCUUGUAGAUGAGAAAAAUUCCUCAGAUAGUAAACGAACUUUGCGCCGGUUGCUGGAAAUAUAUAAAUGUAGCCGCCAGCUGAACCACCUUGGGGGUACAGUUCUGUAAGUGGGGUGUCGCUGGGGGGGAAGGCCCUCUCUCUGAUUUCUAACCACUUCAUCUCAGUUGACAGAAGGGCCUCUUCAGAUGAUUAUAAUGCAAGGACAGAUUGAUGUGGAAGCAAAGAUUCUUCCAGGUACCCAAGCCUCAAUCAACUGUGAAGAGAGAACAAGCAGCAUGAUGGAUUCAAAAGACCUUGUCCUGAACAAAUCAACGGCAGACCAAGUCGGUCACCGCAUUGUAAAAGUUAGCUCAGGCAAACAUUACUUCUGUGGCUAUUGUGCAGCCAUCACAAAUGUUGCCGUCACCUUCCCCGUCCAGAAAGUCCUCUUUCGGCAGCAGUUGUAUGGCGUACGAACCAGAGAUGCGGUACGUCAGCUGCAGAAAGAUGGGCUCAGGAAUCUGUACCGUGGGAUCCUUCCACCGCUCAUGCAGAAGAGCACAACCCUGGCAAUCAUGUUCGGCCUGUAUGAGGACCUGUCCUCCGUACUCCUGAGGCACAUGAGUGCGCCUGAAAUUUUGACCCGCAGCUUGGCAGCCGUGCUCGCUGGGACCACGGAAGCGGUCCUGACCCCCUUUGAGCGCGUUCAGACACUUCUGCAGGACUACAAACAUCACGACAAAUUUACAAACACUUACCAGGCAUUCAGAGUUCUCCGAGACCAUGGGGCCAGGGAAUAUUACCGGGGGUUAGUGCCAAUCCUCCUCCGGAACGGCCCUAGCAAUGCUCUCUUUUUCGGUCUCAGAGGACCUAUCAAGCAGUGUUUGCCUGAAGCCACAACUUACAGUACUCACUUGAUCAAUGAUUUUAUUUGUGGAGGUCUGUUGGGUGCUAUGCUGGGAUUCCUCUUUUUCCCACUGAACGUAGUAAAAGCUCGCAUGCAGUCACAAAUCGGCGGGGAAUUCCAGUCUUUUCCCAAGGUUUUCAUGAAGAUUUGGCUGGAGCGUGACAGGAAAGUGACGCACCUCUUCCGAGGCGCCCAUCUGAAUUAUCACCGGUCUCUGAUUUCUUGGGGAAUUAUCAAUGCGACAUACGAAUUCUUGCUCAGAUUAUUGUGAAAAGUGCUUGUGGAGUUCAUUUUCUCAGUUGGGCGCCAGACAAACACAGAACUGUCAAUUUCCAGUGAGAAAUCAAACACACUAAUAACACUGAACUCCAGCAUAAUAGUUAAUCCGUAGGUAAAAAUGCCAGUUUUAAACAGUGCCUACUUAGCUCAAAAUGUAUUCAGUCAUAUUAAUGGCCUUUCAAUCUGUGGGUGCGAGUGAACUGAAUGGCUAGAACAAUCGUUUGAAAAGUUUCCUCGGAUAUGCCUGAAGAUGGAUUCAUUUGCUCCAGAUCACCGUCAACUAUUCUCACACUCCUGGUGAUCAAAAGAAUGCACUUUGAAGAAAUGUGUAAAUGGGCGGAAAACUGAUAUUUAAUUUGUCGCUUGGCCCUUUUGGAACAAACAGUGGCAUGCUGUAAUAAACUCCCAAGAUGUUUCAAGACUCCCCUUCCCCACUUUUUAAAAAAUUAUUCUUCCUUGAGCAGAGACUGCCAAAUUUUGAAGAGAAACCCUUUUCCCCAAACCUUAAGGUUCUGUAAAAGUUGUCAAAUAGCUUUUGCUAGACUGUUGAUGCAAAUGACACCUUGUCGAGAUUUCGUAUUAAAUUUCAGAAACUGAAUUCACUGUAAGCUGAGCGGUGGGAGUAUCUGUUUAAAAAUAAAUAGGUGUGUGUGUUGCUGGAAAGGUGAGGAAAGCUUUUAAGUGCCCUUCAUGUUACACUGCCACCUGACUUGUCAAUGUGGUCUUUUGUGUGGCUCUUUAUACUACUAAGUUUUGUUGCAAGUGAAUAUACUUCUCCAAAGGGUUGCUUUAGGAAGGAUGGUGCGAAUGACAAUUGGUGCAAUCCAACCAAAAUUAUGCAUUUUCCCCAUUGAAUUCUCUCCCCCUCCCCCCGGUGAUAUUUAAACUGCUUUAGCUUUUUCGGUGGGUUGUGGUCUAUUUGUUAAUACUUUCUACAAUUCUGGCAUAGCUAAUUGGUAUUCGGAUCUGAAAUGUUAUGUGCUGUCACCUAAACUUUGAAUACUCUAGUUAAGCAAGGCUUCGUGUGCUUGAAUGAAAAUGACUUACCCAGGUAUUGCAAUUUUCAGGCUAUUUCACUGUGGUUGAAAAAGGAAUUUAAACAGCUCCUUUCACACGCUGCUCAGGCUUGUUUUAUGUUGGGAAUGUGCCUCACGCACGGCCCCCUCACCUGUAUCUCAUUCAGUAUAGACUCAAUACAGGUAGGUCCAGUUCAUGAGUUCCGUCCACUCACUUUACAACAGAGAAGUUGUUGACUCAGGCCUUGCUUCAUAUAAAUCUAUAUAUAUAUAAAACUCGCAUCAGGCGUGCGAACUGGCUGAUUGUUCGGUACGAAGGACCAUGCAUGUGUGUAAAAAGGACAUAAGCUUCUGCAAGCUGAUUUUCUGUGUUUAUUCAAUCAUGCUAAUAAACAUUUCUCUGCGCAUUGGAAUUCAGGUAAAAAGCAAAAGAACAGAAGCAACCUAAGAGGUUUCAAGUCAGAGAGGAAAGCAUGUCUGAAUACCAAAAUAAUGCUCUUAAUGGGGUGGGGGAGGGUGAAAUUAUUUUGUAUGGGUUUUUUUUAAAAUGCAAAUAGGAGUUAAUAUUUUCCUUAUUUGUAGUACACAGGAAAGCUUUCCCUAGCUGAAUUGAUAAUCCUCCAAGUGUUUAUCCUCAGAGUGAGGGUUUUUUUUUAAAGUGGAACUAAUAUCUCACUAUUGAGAUGGUGUGGUGUUUUUUGUUUCGUUUUUUACUUUAUGUUGCCUGGUGUCAACCUGAAAAUUGCCCGUCAGCAGCAGUUUGUGAACCUAUUUAUCCUAUUUCUUGAUUCUUGUACUGUACCGGUGUAUGCUGUUUAGCCUCACAGAUUGCCAAGCACAAAAUGAAAGAAUGUUUGAUAUUUUGAAUGUUGUGAUUAUCUGCAUUUAAAUAAAAUGUCUGUUGGAAUGUU